AGAGAGAGAGAGAGUCGGGGAUUUCGCUGUAAUCAUGUUCGAAGAGUAUUGAUUCCGUGAGCGCACUCCAAUUGGCAGCAUCUCUACUAUAUAGUACAGCGCCGGCGCGUCAUCCUCGGCUCACAUCGACGGGAGCGAGUUGUAAGCAAAUGAGAACAUGUGUGGCAUCUGAGAGAGAGAGAGAGAGAGAGUGAGAGAGGAAGGAGCAAAAAGGAGGUGUGAGAAAAGCCAAUUUUCUCGUCCCUGACAACUGGAUGCGAGAUUUGAUUGCCGGGCUAUUUUUUUCUCUUCUUUUUAUAUAUCUAUAUUAUUCUUUUUCUUCUCCCAUCCAAGGAAAUGAUCGAUUCGUCACAUGCGCACGCCUCUUCAUUAUAAUUGCAGACAGUUGGGGUGCUGUUCAGGCUGAAUGGACUUGAAUAUGUCGCUGCCAGCGUAAUCCGUGCAGACUGGAAGAUUUAAUAAUUCACGGUAAUCACGCAUUAUCGCCUCAGUGGAUGCUCUCUGCACAGCCCUGGUGAUUUUUUUUUUUAAAACCCCCUCCUCAUCUUCUUCUUUCCUGAUUCUUCACGUUGUCUUCUGGAGGAUUUAUCGACGGCUGCUUUUGCUUCCUUAUCUGAAAUAUCAUCUGUUGCUGCAACUGGAAUGAAAAGCCCCCGUGACUGGCUGAGGAACGCUGAAGACUUAGUGUAAUAGGAUGAAACGGAUUGAAUAAGACAUAUUUUUUUUCCAAUAAUAUAACACUCUAGUUAAAAUGGACAAGAAAUUGCUAUUAUUUUUAUUACUACUCUUAUCUCUACACACAAGGUUGUGAUUUUCUUUUCUUUUUUUUUAUUCACGAUGAUUGUCCUACUCCAGUGAAUUGGCUCUGAUUGAUUCUGACUGAGCUUAAUAGGCAUAUUACAAAGCAGAUUCCAACGUGAAGUGCUGCUAAGGACAGUUUCGUCCCUUCAUUUUGUUUUUUUUUUAUUUUAAUCUAUUUCCCUCUAAAGGGGAUAAAUGUUGAUGAUGGAGGACGACGAACUGGACGCUCAUCAGGUUGAUCCGGACUUCGAGCCGCAGAGCCGGCCUCGCUCGUGCACCUGGCCACUGCCAUGCCCGGAGGACUUCCCCGGCGGACAAGAGGUGAGCGGGGGUCUCCCGCUGGCCAGCAUCAAGGUGGAGCCGGAAGACGUGCCGGCGUGCAGAGCCGGGCUCGCGGGCGGCAAUCCGGCAGAGCUGAAGCACCCGACCGGCGCCCCGGCACCCACGGUCGCGACGCACCCGUGCUUGGCCGGCGCGGCGCUCGACGUGACCGGGUCCUUGCGCAAAGCCAAGUCCUCUCGUCGGAACGCGUGGGGGAACCAGUCCUACGCGGAUCUCAUUACCCGCGCCAUUGAGAGCACCCCGGAGAAGAGGCUCACGCUGUCACAGAUCUACGACUGGAUGGUCCGUUAUGUGCCCUAUUUCAAGGAUAAGGGCGACAGCAACAGUUCGGCUGGCUGGAAGAACUCCAUUCGACAUAACCUUUCCCUCCACACUCGAUUCAUCCGGGUGCAAAAUGAAGGAACAGGGAAGAGUUCCUGGUGGAUGCUAAACCCAGACGGAGGAAAAAUGGGAAAAGCCCCAAGGCGACGGGCGGUCUCCAUGGACAAUAGCACUAAAUACUUAAAAAGCAAAGGCAGGAUCAGAGGCAAGAGAGUAGGCCGUCCUGGGAUUGGAGCAGGAUCUGCUGUAGGGGGCCUUCAAAGCUCCCCAGACCAUGGUAGUCCAUCACGGAAAGCCCUCCCAGGCCCAGGAGUUGCUUCUGGGACAGAUGGAGAGUUUGACGCUUGGACUGACCUCCAUUCUAGGGCUAGUUCAUCAGCUUCCACCUUAAGUGGACGUCUCUCACCUAUCCUAGCAGAGGGAGAACCAGAGGAACCAGAAGAAGGUGGUCUAUCCUGUUCUGCCUCCCCUCACCUUUAUCCAUCACCAACCAGUGCCCGCUCGCCAUCAAUGGGGGCAGGAAAUCACUGUCCUCCACUUGAACAGCUGCCUCAACUGGCUAACCUAGCAGGUGCCAUAAGUUUAGAUGAGCAGAUGAUGGAGGAGAGUUAUCAUCAUCAUUGUCCACAGCAACAUCAACAACAUCCUGUUGUUGGCCGAAAUAAGCACCAAACUCCUGUGUAUCAUUACAACUCUGGAAUGAAGGGGCAGGUCUCCUAUGGUGGAGGAGUCUACAACACAACAGGGAUGGGUAUUCUUCGUCACCACUCACCAAUGCAGACCAUUCAGGAGAACAAGGCUACCAGUUUUUCUGGAACCAUGCGGGCAUACUCGAGUACAAAUGCACUGCAGAGUUUACUGACAGGAGGUUCUGCUGUGCAACAGUACGGUUCUAAAGACCUGAUGCUGGGACAGGAGAGGGAAGGCCAUCCUAUGUUAGGUCAAGCGAGUAAUGGAGUAGGACCCAACCACCACAGCCACCAUCCUGUGCACCACAAUGGAAUUCAUAACCAUAAUAGAACUCACAGCCACACCACUGGUCAUAAUCACAACAGUGUAAGCAACCACAACCCACCUCACAGCCUUGCUCACAAUGGUCACAAUCUCAGCCGGAGCCACACCCACACACCGCCACGAGCGGCGGCUCUGACCCCGUGUGGAAACAGCAAUCAGCUACAGACUUACAAUCACAAAGCUCCCUACUUGUACAGUCCCCCAUCCCAUGCUCACCUUCCUGCUUCUACAACCCUCCCCCCUAACCCAGCGGGAAUGCUUGGCAUGCCUCAGGAUUCCUGUCACGUGGCUUCCACCCCACACCCCCGUCACAGUCAUUACCCAGACUCACAACACCAGGGCUUGGCUAACGGACCCUACCAUCAUGGCCAGGGAAUGGGUAACGGCAGUGUUGGUAGUAGCUACCAUGGCUAUCACCAGCCUUACCCUCAUGACAGAUUACCAGCUGACUUAGACAUUGACAUGUUUCAUGGUAGCUUGGACUGUGAUGUGGAGUCCAUCCUCCUACAUGACAUUAUGGACUCAGGGGAGGAGAUGGAUUUUAACUUUGACUGCUCCCUUGCUCAGGGGGUUGGGAUUGGAAUGGGAAUGGGAAUGGGUGUGACUAUGGGCAUGGGAAUGGGGAUGAGUGGUCUGGCCGGUCCACAGCAGGCCCACAGCAACCAGAGCUGGGUACCUGGCUGAACUGAAAAACAAAACCAGGACUGCGAUCCAACUUUUGAAGCACUGUGCCCUACCAUGACAUUCCUGGCUGUGAACAAAGCCUAUAGGACCAAGCAACCCCACCCUAUCUUUUUUUGUUGUCUUACUCUAUCACCCCUACUCUGUUUAAUCCCCUUCUUACUGAGAGAUCUACUUCAUGUCAGAUUAAUUUUUUUUUUCUUGAAUCAGCUGUACUGUGAUGACAAUCUCUCAGCUGUGCUUGCCCGGCAUCGCUUCUCAUUUACCAUGAGAACUGAACUCUGAAUGCACUUUAUUGCAAGUGGGUCACAUCUCACGGUGCAAUGCCUUCACAGAGCAGCUCAGGCAGAGCUUGGCUUGUUUUCUAAGGUGCAUGCAACAUUUGACAGGAACAAGCAAGGAACACAACUAAUGAAAGCGUCAGAAGUAGGAACUAAAAAGCUGGAUUUUUUUCUGGUGCGGCAGAGACUAAUUUACAAAUUUCUACUAAUGUUGAUUGGAUGCUUGAUUACAGUGAUUCUGUAUUGGGGUGCAAAAUGUACUUCUCUAAACUUUCAUAAUUUCUUACCAUAUUUAAAAGAUGAGUUCUGACAGUGAUUAAUUUGACUUUUUUUUAAUUAUGGUUAAAAUUUAUUUCAAAUAAAAUUAUUACACAUGCAAAUUCAGAAAUUC